AUGGCUGAGAGGGAACUUGCCGAGGACGCGGAGUGGAAAAUUAUUCAAAAGAACACAUUCACUCGUUGGGCCAACGAACAUUUGAAACCCAAGAAUACCGCAGUGGAUGACUUGCAAUUUGAUUUGGCCGAUGGGCUCAAACUGAUCGGGCUGGUGGAAGCGCUCUCUGGCCAACAGUUCAAACAUGUGAAUAAAAAACCAAGUUUCCGGACCCAAAAAUUGGAAAAUGUCACUAUGGUUUUGCGAUUUUUGGAAGAGAACGAAGGUCUCCGGCUGGUCAAUAUUGACAGUACUGAUAUUGUGGACUGUCGGAGUAAACUCAUUCUUGGUCUCAUUUGGACUCUCAUUCUGCACUACUCCAUAACAAUCCCUCUGUGGGAGGGUGAAGUUGACCACGGACAAGGACAAGGUCCCACACCGAAACAGCGGCUUCUCUCGUGGUUGAACAACAAACUUGCCGACCGGCCUGUGAAGAACUUCACCACCGAUUGGAAUGACGGGACGGCGAUAGGUGCUUUGGUAGACGCCUGUGCCCCCGGUCUCUGUCCCGACUGGAGGCAAUGGGAACCGAAACAAAAUCUGCGUAACGCGCGGGAGGCAAUGAAUGCGGCUGAGCAGUGGCUAGACGUUCCACAACUUAUUCGACCGGAAGAGAUGAUCAAUCCCCGAGUGGAUGAAAAGGCCAUGAUGACGUAUUUGAGUCAGUUCCCAAGCGCGAAACUCAAAGAGGGUGCUCCACUUCGACCAAAGUCUACCCCAGAACUCGUGCGCGCCUACGGACCUGGCCUGGAACCUCACGGAAACAGCGUUGGUAAUCCCGCACGAUUCACCAUCGAUACGUUCAGCGCUGGUCGCGGUCAAGUCGAAGUGAUUGUUCUCAAUCCAAAGGGACAACGCGAACCGUGUGAGAUUCUCAGCAACAACGAUCGUCAGCAAACCUACUCAUGUGCCUACGUGCCGACCCAAGAGGGCGAGUACAGAGUCAUCAUCAAGUUCGCCACAAAAGAGAUCCUCAACUCGCCGUUCAAAGUGAUGGUUGAAGGUGCUGUCGGGGAUGCGAGCAAGGCGACCGCUUCUGGACCCGGUAUUGAACCACAGGGAAACCAGGCAGGUCGCCGAACUUUCUUCAACAUUUUCACAGCCGCCGCUGGUCCAGGUAACGUGGACUGUGUUAUUCUUGAUCCCCACGGAGGCCGGGACACAGUGAAACCCGUAAUCACAAAACAGGGAGAAGAUAAUUAUUUGGUUGAGUAUAUGCCAAAAGAAGAGGGUCUCCAUUCAGUGAACGUAUUCUUUGCUGGGCAGCAAAUACCAAACUCUCCUUUCGGUGUUAUGGUUGGACCGACCUGCGACGCGAAACAAGCCUAUGCAACCGGCCGUGGUAUACAACCUCAGGGAGUCCGUGUGAAGGAUCUUGCCGACUUCAAGGUCCACACGGAAGACGCAGGAGAAGGUCCUUUGGAGGUAGCUGUGAUUGCACCAGAUGGUCGUGAAAUUCCCUGCACCACACGAAAAACUGGCGCAUACUUGUUCGAAUGUGGUUAUCAUCCUCAGAGACCUGGUCUCCACCAAGUUCACGUCCGCUACGGUGGAGACCACAUUAUGCUCAGUCCGUUCAACGUGGACGUUGGACCUUACAAAGAGUCACGUAUCCGUGCUUUCGGACCGGGUCUGUCCGGCGGUGUGGUAAACAAACCGGCCGUAUUUGUGGUGGAAACCAACGGAGAAACCGGAGCGCUUGGCUUUUCCAUCGAAGGCCCAAGUGAGGCUCGAAUCGAUUGUACAGACAAUGGGGACGGUUCAGCCACCGUGGCAUAUUGGCCAACUGUGCCGGGCGAAUACGCUGUGCAUAUUCUGUGCAAUGAUGAGAACAUACCGAAAUCCCCCUUCAUGGUUCCCAUUGAGCCUGAUUUGGGCAAGUGUGAUCCCGAUCGUGUGAAAGUUCAUGGACCCGGUGUAAUGCCAACGGGCAAUGUGGCAGGACAGCCAACUGAAUUCACUGUGGACAUUAGAGAUGCUGGUGGUCCGGCUCCCCUAACGGUGGAAUGCCGGGAUAACGAGGGGGAGCCUGUGGCGCUGAAGGUGCGAGACAAUGGGGACGGAACCUAUACGUGCAGUUACACCCCAAAAGUCCCAAGAAAACACACGGUCCUCGUGUCCUACGGAACGGUCAACGUACCACGCAGUCCCUUCAGAGUUGACGUGGCCGAACCAAGCCAACCGGGCAAAGUGCGGGUGUUCGGACCCGGCGUGGAGAGUGUGGUACGCGGAGAGCCAACUUAUUUCACCGUGGAUUGUACCCAGGCUGGACAAGGCAACGUUGGCAUUAGUGUGACAGAUGAAAUGGGUCGGGAUGUCGCCAUGGACACGCAGGAUAUGCGGGACGGCACCUUCCGUGUCGCGUACACAGCGAACACUCCGGGACCCACGUAUACAGUACACGUGUUUUUCAACAAUCAAGAGGUCCCCCGAAGUCCCUUCCGAGUUCCCGUCAAGCCCAACGUGGAUAUGUCCAAAAUUCAUGUGGAGAAUUUGAGUCCAAGGGUCUUAAAAGAAUCAUUUGCUAAAUUUACCGUGGACGCCAAACCAGUUGAUCCGCAGGGGCGUGGACUCGUCAAGGCAAUCGUGGUCAAUCCGCACAAACAACGCACCGCCUGUCUGGUUCAGAAUAACGCAGACGGAACAUGGAAAUGUAGCUACUCGCCAGUCGACGAAGGUCUUCAUCACAUCGAGGUCACAUACGAUGGUGCACCUGUGCAAGGAAGUCCAUUCCCAGUGAAUGUGACUCCCGGCUGUGACCCUUCUCGAGUGCGUGCUUAUGGUCCCGGUUUGGAAGGUGGAACCACACAUGAACUGCAACGAUUCACUGUGGAUCUGGAUGGGGCUGGUCAAGGCGCUUUGGGAUUGGCUCUCGAGGGACCGGCUGAUGCACAAAUCCAAUGCCACGAUAACAAGGACGGCACUUGCACAGUGGACUACCUACCAACAAGAGCUGGUCUAUAUGACGUGUUUGUCAAGUUCAACGAUAUGAAUAUACCAGGCAGUCCAUUCCAAGUGCCCAUUCAUGACAAGGUGGAUCCUAGCCGCGUACGUUGCUAUGGUCCUGGACUGGAACCACGUGGGGCCCGAGCGCAGCAGCCAGCCACUUUCACGGUAGACGCCUCUCAGGCUGGAGAUGCUCCAAUCAGCGUUGCGACAGUGGAUCGGUUGGGUCGUUCCACACCGGCGCACGUCUCCUCAAGAGUUGGUCAACCCGGAGUGUAUGACGUGACUUAUGUCCCCGCAUCCGAGGGCCCCUGCCAGAUUGAAGUCCGACAGGGACCGUCUCACGUCGCCAGAUCCCCGUUCACUCAACACGUGCUGCCCGCUUUUGAACCGCAACGAGUUCGUGUGACUGGAGAAGGUGUGCAUCCCACACGACCGCUCGGGCUCCCAGCCACCCAACCGACGUCGUUCCAGGUGGACACUCGAGACGCGGGCAUGGGAGACCUAGAGCUCUCGGUUUCGGAUUCUGAGGGUCAACCGUUGCAGUUGGAAGUGGCCGACCACGGGGAUGGAGUCUACACCUGUCACUACAGACCAUUGAUUGUUGGUCGGCAUACGGUGAGAGUGAAAUUCGGUGGUCAGGAAAUCCCCGAAAGUCCAUUCCUCGUCCCAGUGGCGCCCUCAGGACGUGCGGAUCUCUGCCGUAUCGAAAGUGGUAACGAUAGCCGUAUCCCUGUGGGUCAAGACUGUGUCAUCACUGUGAACACAUCUCAGGCUGGAGUUGGUCAGGUGACCUGUCGCAUCAUCACUCCGUCUGGAGCAACCGCGGAUGUGGAGAUACAGGAGGCACCGAACGGACGCGUGAACAUCUACUACACUCCACCCAUUCGCGGGGACUAUCUGGUUGAAAUUCGGUUCGGUGGUGACUUGAUUCCGAAUGGCCGCUUCAGUCAACGAGCGGUCACCGCGGACGAAUUGUCGGGAGAAGUAGUGGAACGUGUUCAGCACGUGACUGCGCAAUCUGUACACUCGUCAUCGAUCAUCACAGGCUACCAUCCGGUGGAUUUCAAGUUACCAGUUGGACCCAUGUUCAGUCGAGUGGAGGGUCUUGUUCGAACUCCAUCCGGGCUCACAAUGCAACCGACCUUGAUAGACAACGGUGAUGGGACUGUGACCGCGCAGUUCCAGCCAAACGAACCGGGGUUGCAUGAGUUGGAAAUCACUUACAACGGCCAGCCGAUACCGGGCAGUCCGUUCCGAUUCUACGUUGAGGCAGUCGGCUCGGGUAAUGUGACCGCUUACGGGCCAGGUUUAUCCUUUGGUCGUGCAGGAGAGUUGGCCGAAUUCACUUUGGUUACCAAAGAGGCCGGAGCAGGUGGUCUAUCGCUAUCGGUCGAAGGCCCAUCAAAGGCCGACAUCCAAUGUCACGACAACAAGAAUGGGACAUGCAGCGUAAGUUAUCUUCCAUUGGUUCCUGGCGAGUACUCAAUCACCAUCAAGUUCAUGGAACGCCAUAUUCCUGGAUCUCCGUUCACGGCACACAUUGGAGGUGAUUCGCGGCGUUUCAACCAAGUGUGCGUGGGGACUACGAGCGAGAUGCCUUUGCGCAUAACAGAAACCGAUAUUUAUAACCUCGUGGCAACUGUCCGAAGCCCAUCAGGACAAGAACAGCCUUCUACUCUAAAACGUCUCCCCAACGGUCAUUUGGGUAUAUCUUUCACACCGAAGGAAAUUGGCGAGCACUAUGUGAAUGUGUUUAGAAACGGACGCCAUAUUGCAAACAGCCCGUUCAAAAUUUACGUGGGUGAGGGAGAAAUCGGUAACGCUUCAAAAGUUCGUGUCUACGGUAAUGGGCUUCACGAGGGCACAGCAAACCAGACUUGUCAAUUCACUGUGGACACUAGAAAUGCAGGGUACGGUAGCCUCAGCUUGUCCAUCGAAGGUCCUAGCAAAGCAGACAUUGAAUGUCACGAUAAUCACGAUGGGACUUGCCUUGUGACGUAUCGACCAACGGAGCCGGGCACCUACAUCAUCAAUGUCAAAUACGCCGACCAGCUUGUCAGUGGCAGUCCGUUUGUGGUACACAUUGGGGGCGAACCUUCGCUGCGGAUGAUGGAGCGUAUCACACGACAGCGCGAGUUGGCUGACGUCACUCAUGUUGGCAGUCAGUGUGAACUGAAUUUGAAAAUACCAGGUAUCAGCCUGAGAGACCUAACGGCCACUGUGACCAGUCCUUCGGGUAUCACUCAACGGUGUGAUGUACUUGCAAUGGAUGAUGUCAACUACACUAUCAAAUUCGUUCCGCAAGAGAUGGGGGUUCACACAGUGUCCGUCAGGCAUCGGGGCUCGCAUAUUGCGGGGAGCCCGUUCCAAUUCACUGUCGGAGCGAUCACAGAUGGCGGGGCGCAUAAAGUGCGCGCAUCAGGUCCGGGGCUUCAGCAUGGGUUAACUUAUGCGCCCAACGAUUUCAGCAUUUACACCCGUGAGGCCGGAGCCGGUGGUUUAUCGGUCGCGAUCGAAGGACCAAGUAAAGCGGAAAUUGAUUUUGAGGACCGCAAGGAUGGGUCAUGCGGUAUCUCCUACCGAGUUACCGAGCCCGGUGAAUACCAGUGUUCGGUCCGGUUCAACGACGAGCACAUCCCUGGGUCUCCGUUCCAAGUUACAAUCAACGAGACAAUGGAACGCACGUUCUACAGCCCUGAGUUGCGUCAACUGAGCGUUUCCACUGUACAAGAUCGUGGACUCCAGAUCGGUAGACCGACUGCAUUCACGGUGAACUACACCGGGAUGACUGGUCGCCUUCGAGCUUACGCCAUUGCGCCUUCGGGUGCCCAAAUCGAUGCCUUUGUGCAUCAAGUGGACGCAGACCAACAUGCGGUGAGAUUUACACCACAAGAGAACGGCCCACAUCUGGUACACGUGCUCAUGGACGAGAGGCCCAUUCCUGGAAGUCCGUUCCGAGUACUCGUCGGUCAUGAUUCAGGUUUGGUGACAGCCAGUGGCGAAGGACUGUCUCACGGUCGAGUGGGUGAACGCAAUCGUUUCUUCGUCAACACCACACAAGCCGGUAGCGGAGCCCUCUCAGUGACUGUCGACGGUCCUAGCAAGGUGCAGUUGAACUGUACAGAGCGUCCGGACGGAUAUGAGUUUUCCUAUCUUCCCACGAUCCCGGGCGAGUAUCUGAUCAAUAUCAAGCAUGGUGAUCAGAGGCACAUAAUUGGGUCACCAUUCAAGGCCUACGUAACUGGAGAAGCUAUGUAUGAGGCUUCGAUUGCGGAUUCAACUCACGUGGUCGUGGAAACCGGCGGUCGUCUGGCCACUGGUCCACAGCGUUCCGUAACUGAGUCCAGUCCAAAUCGUGUUGUCUGCACGGGAAACGGACUUCAACAAGCCUACCUCAAUCAGACCAACACGUUCAAUGUGAACGCAACUCAGGCAGGACACGACGUGCUAUAUGUAGGUGUUUCCGGACCGGUAGUCGCAUGUGAGGAGGUCAACAUCAAACACCUCGGACUCGGGCAAUACGCCGUUAACUACGUGGUCAAGGAUCGUGGACAGCAUCUCAUUAUGGUGAAGUGGGGCGAUCAACAUGUGCCCGGCAGUCCGUUCUUAGUCAAUGUGAUUUGA